CCCAGAUUGUCUGCUGUCCCCCGUCUUCCUCUCGGCGGCCGAUCUAGGUUUCGCGGUAGAUUUUUGCGUGUUCUGGGUGGACGAUUCGUCGAUUUGCGCCUGGUAGAUGUCUGAUGCAGUAGGUGUUGCACGUCUCUCGAAAGCAAAUAGAUCGUUGCGCCCGAAUCGGUUGUUCGGGAGAUUUAGGCUUGGAAUGACCCGAGGUUGGGCGAUAGGGGAAUUGAAUCUAGGGUUUUGUAAUUUCUGUGCUGGAAGAUUUGUUGCUAAUUGAAUCAUAGGUGUUCCCCAUGAGAUUGCUAGAGCAAACAAAUUGAUCCUCAAAAUCUGUUGUAAAUAACAUCCUAAUGAAUCUAGGCAUCUAGGGUUCUGCAAAUUCUAUGGUGUUUAUAUUAACUGAUGGGUCAUAGGGAAACUGGUUUUGUUUACAAUUUGUAGAGCAGAUAAAUCGCCCCCCAAUUUUGCUGUUGGGUCGGGAGUAUAAGUUUGGAAUACGAGAUUAACUAACAUGGGAAUUGAAUGUAGGGCUAUGCAAAUUCUAUGUUGGAAUACCUUCGAUAUUAAGGGGAAGUGAAUUUAUGGUCAGCAGUAGAUGCUUAAUCUAGGCAUCUAGGGUUCUGCAAAUUCUAUAUGUUAUAUUAACUAUAAUAGGGCAUAGGGAAAUUGAAUUUGUAUUCAAUUUUCUGCGCAGAUAAAUCACUCUCCAAAUUUUGCUGUUGGGCUGUGAGUUUAAGUUAGGAAUAUGUAGAGAUUAACAAACAUGGGAAUUGAAUGUAGGGCUCUGCAAAUUCUAUUUUGAAAUACUGUUGAUGUUAAGGGGAACUGAAUUUAUGGUCGGCAGUAGAUGCUUGUCUGGGUUAACUAAUAGGGUGUUUUUGUUAUAUUCUUAGCCAUCAUCUAUGCUGCGACAGCUUCUGCUUGCCUACUGCUGCUGUUGAGUGCUCUUUGCUGAAUCCUUUUGUGGGGCUAGUAGUGCUUGUUUGAAGGGAUGCCUGGGUGAUUCUUAGGUCAGGUGUAUACCAGUGGCCUUGUUUAGUGGAGCUUGGGGUUUAUGAUUUAGACGCAUGUUUUACUGGAUUACAAGAGGUUUGUGAAAAUGUAUGCUGCAGUCUGCUCUAAAUUAUGUGUGCAUCUAUGCCGUUCUGGUUGGUACUUCUUUUUUGUUUGUUUCGGGUUGUUCUCUUCAAUCAAAGAUUAAUAUUCUAAAACGGUGUGCAGAUUAGGUUUUAAAACGGAUCGAAUAGUAAUCUUUGUCUGGCGGAUAUAACAAGGCCUGCAACCCAGAAGGAGUGCCCUCGUGCAACAGGCAAAAAGUUACUUCUUUUGUGCUAUGUUGUUUGGUCUCUUUUUGCAGUUGCAGGGGGAGAAACACUAACAUUCUAGUGGGAGGAACACUUCAUCUCUUUAUUUCUGGUUUAACCGUUUUCAACGGUGUGCAGAUUUAUAGGUUAAAAAAUUGAUCAGUUUACUAGGAGCAGAUCUAGUCCUGAUGAUGCCUGAAGUAGAUCAUGAUUCUUCUGGUCUUCUUUCUAUUCAGCUUGUUGUUAUAAUAUUAACGAGUUUGAAUAAGUGUGCAGAUUAGGUUAAAAAUGGACUGGGAAUAGCUUGUGCUUUAUAAUGUUCCAACCAAACAGUGAGCGUUACAGGGGUAAAUUCACAGGAAUUGUACAUGUUGGUGAUAUUAAAAAAGAUACAUAGGUCUUGUGAGCCUGGUUGGUUUAAUCCUAUAUGUUCCCUUCGAUAUUUUGUCUUCUGUAAUGCACUAUGACGACCUUAAUCGAGCUUCAGCAUCAUCUGAAGUGCUCCCAAAACAAUGGCGGAGCACUUGGCUUCAAUUUUUGGCACGGAGAAGGAUAGGGUCAACUGCCCCUUUUACUUCAAGAUUGGAGCUUGCCGUCAUGGGGACCGUUGCUCCCGUCUGCACAACAGGCCAACCACAUCGCCAACUAUUGUGCUUGCUAACAUGUACCAGCGGCCUGAUAUGAUUACCCCUGGAGUUGAUGCCCAAGGUGUGGCUAUUGCACCAGAGAAGAUGCAGGAGCACUUUGAGGACUUCUAUGAGGAUAUCUAUGAGGAGCUGAGCAAGUUUGGUGAGGUUGAGACCCUGAAUGUGUGCGACAACCUUGCUGACCACAUGAUCGGGAAUGUCUAUGUCCAGUUCAGGGAGGAAGAGCAGGCAGUGGCUGCUCACAAUGCCCUCCAAGGCCGCUUCUACUCUGGUCGCCCGAUCAUUGUGGAGUACUCCCCUGUGACAGACUUCCGGGAGGCGACCUGCAGGCAGUUUGAGGAGAACAGCUGCAACCGUGGCGGCUACUGCAACUUCAUGCACGUGAAGCAGAUUGGUAGGGAGCUCAGGAGGAAGCUAUAUGGUGGGCGUUCCAGGAGGAGCCACGGGAGGAGCCGCAGCCCCAGCCCGCAGCACAGGAGGGACAACCGUGACCGUGGUGGUGACUUCCGCCGUGAUGGCCGGGAUGAAUACCGUGGUGGCGGUGGCGGUGGUGGCGGCGGUUACCGUGGAGGCGAUGGAGGUGAUGGUGGCGGUUACCGUGGUGGGGGCGGUGGUGGUGGCUACCGUGGAGGUGAUGGGGGUGGCUAUCGCGGUGGUGGUGGUGGCGGUUACCGUGGUGGCGGGAGGGGUGGAGGUGGUGGCAGGCAUGACAGGUACGAUGAUGGACCGAGGCGCAGGUACGGUGGCAGCCCACCGCGGCGCGGAAGGAGCCCUCCAGCAAGGGAGAACAGCGAGGAGCGCAGGGCCAAGAUUGAGCAGUGGAACCGUGAGCGGGAGGAGAAGAAGUGAUGAACCGCGGGUAGUUUUACUGCAAGCAUUAUUUACCUUUUCAUUCAUGUGUCGUUAGUUUGCUCCUAUGUUGGUUUGCUGUCAGACAUUAGUGUGUGGGUCGAUAUAGUACUAUUGCUUGGUUGAGUGGCCUGUCAAGUGCAGGAUUCUAUUAGAGGCGUACAAGCUGCUAUUUGUGCUCAAUAUUAUUGCCGGACCUGUUCUUGUAUUAUCUGAAAAGUUUACCGUGUUCUGCUUUUGUUGGUUUGAUCUUA